AUGCAGCGGACGUGCGACGAGGUCUACGCGAACAUGCCUACCGACGUGGCGAGUCUCGCGGCUCUUGCGUACAGCGUGCGCAUGCGCCAAACGUAUUUGUUUCGGCUGCUGCAGUUGUUUCAGGAAGCGGAGAAGCGCGAACGGGAGCGCGUGAGGCGCGGCACCGAGGCGCGGGCCGCUCUAGCGGCGCUCGCAGAAGACCAGAGGCAGGCAGGGGCCCGCUUCCCGCCGUCGGUCUACCCAGAGGCUCUCUCUGUCUCCCUCCCCUCUGUCUCACAGUUGUCGGGCGCGGCCUCCUCGUCGGUUUCUUCGCCCGCGGGUUCGCCGAGUUCUUCUCCGGCCCUCGCCGCGACAGGGGUUCCUCUGGGGUCUGCGACGGCGUCGUCUCUGGCCUGGCGCUCGCGAGUGCUGGGGGCGGCGCCGCUGCUCCCACCGUGCGGCUUGGGUGACGAGCUCGAAGGCGAGUGGACGCAGUUGGCGGCGGGCUUAUGGAGCGGCAAGGGCCUCUUCGGCGACGGCAUCGACUUCCUGCAGGCGGCUCACGAGCUGCUUUCCGACUGGUCGUUCCUCUGGGCAAUGCCCUGCGAAGCCGAGCCCGUCUGGCUCAAGCUCGCCGCGUUCGCCUCGCGGCUACAGCACCUGGGCAUGCCUUCUCUCGACGCCCGCGCGCCGCCCUCCUCGUCGCCCCAGCCAGUCUCGCUCACCUCGCCCUCCUCAGGCUCUGCUGAGACUGGAGAGGCCGCGGAUCGCGCGGCAGCGGCCGGGGGCGUCGCAGAUCUGCCGGCGCGCGAACGAGGAGAGAGCGAAAAAGGCGUCGGCGGCGGCGCACAGGCGGGGGACGCCGAGGUGGCGAAAGGCGAAUCUCCGAAGGAGGGACAGGUUGUCCCCUGGCAAAUGCGCUUCCAACGCGAGCUGGAAACUGAGAUUGCGAAGCGCGCGCGCCUGGCGCAUGCCCGCCAACGGCACACACAGUUCGCCGCGCCCUCGCACUCUCCCUCAGCACCCAGCGAGGCGCUGGCCUACGAGAUGCAGCAGAGGGCAGGAGAAGAAGAGAGCGAAGCGGAGUGGCUUUCGCUCCCGCGGACUCUGGUUGCGUUGGAGCACCUCUACUGCCGAGCGGCGCACGAGUUCUGCCGCGCGCCGCAGCAUGCGGUUGAACAGUUCGUUCGCACGCGUCCCCGAGACUUCAUCAUGCUCAUGCUUGUCUCGUCUUUCCCUCCGCCCAGUCGCCGCGUCCACACGCCGCCGCCGCCUGCGCUCGCCGCCUCGACUUCGUCGUCGCUGAAGCCAGCGCUUUCGUCGCUCCUGCUGCCGCCGUCGAGUGUGAGCACGUCGCAGCGCCUCGCCUCCUCCUGUUUCAUACCGUGUCGCCACCCGGCAGCGCCACCGCUCUUCUUCCAGUUUCAGAAUCUCAUCCCGCGGCUGCCUCCGCUUCGGCAGGACGAGCGCGACGACCGCGGUGUCUACGUGGCCGCCCUCACGCUCCUCGCGGUCCGCUGGCGCUGGGUGUGCGCCUGGGCAUCGGACACCAGCCAGGCGGCCAACGCCCGCGGCCCUAGCCCCGUGUUGCCGCUUUUGCGCUUUGAGCACUUCAUGAAGGCCGUCAGCGUCAUUUACUCCGAGGCUCUGUACGCCGCCAGGCUCCUUCUGCCGCACCAGCAAGAGCGCUACCUGCUGCUCCAACAGCUUCUGCGCCACCUGAACUACACCCCGCACAACCGCAUAACCCUGCAGCAACUGGCGACACAGGGCGGACCUCGCGCGGCGGCGAACGUCGUUUGCAUGCUCGCAGCAACUCGAGACAUGCACGCUGCAACCGGGCUCCGCCACUCUCUCUUCGAGGUGCUCUCUUCGCUCCUCUCUAAAUUGUUCGUUAAGGGGAUUUUCUUCUGGCCGUCUCGCUCAACAGGGGCUCCUUUCCUGCCGUACCCUCUAGCUCUCUCGUCUACGCGCGAGCUGCUUCCGCCCUCGGAACCCGCCUCUUCGGGUUCGUCCUGCUUCUCUUCGCGGCCGGUGCGCGUGGGCGAGGUGGUGUUUCCGCCGAGCCCCGUGACGCUGUUGCCUUACUUGCAUUUGGUUGCGCUGGACUCGGCGCAGGCGCGGUCAGUAAAUCCGCGCGACUCGUACCUCCGUCGCCUGAUUCGGCUCUACCAGGUGUUUUUCGAGGCUGCGCUGCGCACGCCGGGCAAAGAGGGCGCCGGUCCGCGGCAGCUCCUCACGCGCGAGUCGCCUCUGCAGCCCGCUCUCACGGCGGCGUCUUCUGCGUCUGCCGGGGGAGACAUCGUGCAGACCGCGGCCUCAACUCCUGACGCGCGAGUGCGCGCUGCGAGCGAGAAGCGGAAGCGCCAGACAGAGGGGGGAGCGGCUUCAGCUGAGGGGAAGGAGGCACGGCCGAGCGAGAAGAACGAUGCAAACGAGGAAGACAUCUCGACGUUGUAUGGGCUGACAGAGGCUGCCUUUCAUCGGUCGUGGGCGGUGCCGCUGGUGCUGCAAGCCGACGUUGACCGCGCGCUUCACCUCCCCCUCCUUCUGCCACAUCUCCUCAACAUCUGGAAGGAGAAGCUGGACGCCAGGCGAUACAGCGCCCUCCGCAGCUUGCUCUUCAGGUCGAGUUCGCCCAAAGAUCAGGCGGACGGCGGCGCGGAAGGCCCCUACGUCGAGGCCUCGCGUGACUCUCUCGUAGCCAACGCCGAGGAGGCCCCCCAUCCAGGAAAGCGGCACAGCGCUCCGCAAGUCGCCCAGGAGUUCGACGAUGGAUACGCAUCCGAGGAGGAAACGAAGAAUGCGCACCUGCGCAUCACUCCGACUGCAGCGUCGAGCGCGGCGCCCUCGACAAAGCCUCUGUCUCCGGAACUCGCCGUCUCAACGCUCGUACUGUUUCUCUGUCGCGCCGCGAGGAUUCCCCUGCCUGAGCAGCUCCAGGCGCCGCAGCCGGCCGCUGAGGCAGCCGCGCGCCGGCGAGCAGAAAAAAACUUGCAGGACGAGCACGCGAGAGAUCCCGCAACUGGAGCCGUCGCGGACAUCGGAGGCGAGAUAAGCGCCGGCAGCUCCAAACAGGCGAGCCGCGUCGAGAAGGAGGAGGCGAGUGCUGCGGAGAGCAAACCUGAAAAAGAGAUGACGGCAGAGGGAAGCCGAGAAGCCGCGAGCUCCAGCAACGCCGCGGCGGGUCUGAGAGAUGAAGCGCGUCUCAGUGGCGGAGAGCAGACGAACGAAACGUCUUCUUCCGUGCUUUUUGAAGAGGAUGAUGACGCAGAUCUGUCGCUGGCGUCGCUCAGCUUUGACGCAGACGGCAACCUCUUCAUUCCCGCUGAAGAGGGAGGCUCUGACGAAGCUGAGCAAACGACCGCGCCUUCAAAGAAGGGGAAGAAGAACCAAGUCCGAGAGGGUACGCCUCCUGCCUCCGCGCCCACCGCAGAUACAGCUUCGUCCUCGCCCACUGAGCCAUAUACCAUCGAGGCGACGCAGGGAGAGCUUGAGAAAGAAGCCGCAAAUACAGACGCUCACGACGAAGUGGAAGAUGUCUUCGCGACGUCUCACACACUCGAUCCCUCGCGGUUCGCGGAGCCACUGAGACACCUCACGCUGACGACGCUGGCGACAGGCAUGACGGUUCUUGACGAAGAGCUGCAGUGCGUUAACGAAGUGGUGCAUCGAGUGAACGCGAAGUUCCCGGCCGCUCAGGCGGCGGAGGCGGAAGAGCUCGUGGCGAAGGACUCUUUUCUCGCCGCGUGCUUCCGGCCCUUCCCGUCCCUCGCGUCGUACCAGGCGGCGCUGUCGGCGCUCUACGACGUCUUCGAUUUCCUAUUUGUCGAAAAGCUCUCCGCGUGUUCGGUGGCAGAGCUGCAGCUGCUGGCGCUGAACACGCGGCGCUUGAUCAAACUCCCGCGAUACCUCCCCUUCCCGUCGCGAGACGACGGCCGCAGCCCAGCCGCAGGGGAGCCUUCGGCGGGCUCUACUCCCGAGGACGAGGCGACCCGCGCGCAAGAGGACGGCGAGACGUUCGAGCGGCGAGGCGAAGCCGAGCCGAUGCGCACAGUCAGCGGAGAAGACCUCGAGCGAGCGCGAAAUGGCGGAGAGCGAGCAGACGCGAGGCUCCCCGUCAGCAGAGAGACCGAGAGACACGAGCCGCAAGUCCUGCAGGCGCGCAGGUGGGCAGACGCCACCCGAGAUCGACGAGAGUUCUUCUACGGGUCGAUUAUGCAGGCCCUGGUCCUCCGGCUAACAAAACUGAACGCCGCGCUGCAGUGCCACAGCAGCCCCUCCGCGUCCUCUGCCCGGGGGGAGGAGGCGGCGACGGAUGCGCACCAGCAGGUGAGGACUGCGCCCGCGGGAAGGACUAGGGAGGCGACGAGCCUGCAAGAAGAGCAAGCUGUCGCACUCUUUGAGCUCCUUCUUCACAUGCUCGCGGGAUCCCCUCUGCCAGUGCAGAGAGAGCUGCUUCUUCUUCUUCUCCAGAGGAGUGGCGUCGCCGCAGAGGUCGGAGCCUCGACCGCCGCGGACGCAGAAGAGUCUGACGGGCUCCGCUCUGUCGUCGGCAGCUCCCACCCCCAGUCGGCGUCUGAGGGCGACCCGCUGAGCGAAAACCACAAGCUGCUGCUGCACAUUGGCAAACCCUUUGAGCUCCUUCUUCGCGACAUUGCGUCGAUGUCGGAGAGCCAGCUCUUCCGCCUCGCCCUGGCGAUCGCGCGGCUCGAUCUGCUCGGGUGUCUCUUCGACGCACACCCAGAGGGAGGGAGACGCCGUGGGUCUGUGGCGGCGGCGGAUCUCGCUUGUUUUUCAUCCACUGCCCCGUUUCUCGCGCCUCGCGCGUUCUCGCUGCCUGCGGCGACACUGGCGGGCGCAGGCGACGCGAAGCACCUCGUGGAUCCAGACGCCGCGCAGCCUGAGAAGACGCAGCUUCUGGAGAGCGAUUCUUCGCGCAGGGGGGCGGACACAGGCUGCUCCAGCAGCCGCGCGCUGUCGGCUAACCUCCACCUGCUGCUGGCCCCAGAGACGACACACGGCGCCCCGUGCGAGGCGCCGGAGGCGGGGGAGCCACCGGAGCAUAGGCGGCUGCGCAAGCAGCAGGCGCGUCAAGAGCGCACCCGGAGAGACGAAAAGAGACGAGCGGCCAGACUCCUCCAGCGGGAACUCGAAGGCGCCCUCAGAGCGAAACUCGCCUUCGGGUGGGAGACACUCUCUUUCUCAGAGGCGACGGGACUUCUGUGGGCGUUGACUGUCAUGCCAGAGCCGAAGCUCGAUCUGCUCGUUCUACUGUUUGACCGGAUUGAGUCCUCGUUCAACGUGGUGCUGGAGGAGCAGCGAAUCAUCGAGCAGCCUACAGACCUUCCGAGUCACUUGCCUCCUCUCACUUCGGGGCCGAUCUACCGCUUCCUUGCGACUCACACUCCAGUCGAUUCUGCACGGCUGCGAAGUGCAUGCGCUGCCCUCCUGCGUGAGGGCGAUCCCGCAGUCGUAUCUUCCUUGCAAGCUCGAUUCCCACUCUGCUGGGUCGCACUCGAGGUUCUCGCGUCGACGCGCUUCCAUCAGGAAAGAAGCGUUUUCGCCGACAGCUCCGCUGCCUCGAACAUUGAGAGAACCCUCGAAGAAGAUGAACGCGCGGGCGAGUGGGACGACGCGCAUGGAGACAGCGCGAAGCAUCCUCGGGCUUCCGCCGUCGUGACGCCUCUCGCGCAGUCCGUCAUACGCAUGGCUCAGACCAAGCACGGCAUCUCCCUCUUGUGGGACACAGAUUUCCAGAUUCCAGGACUCCCGUUUAUCUUCGACUUGGCGCUUCCUAACGAGCGCAUCGUCUUCCUCCUGGGCUCGCACUGUGCCUCCCUUCCUCUCGAGGAGGGGAGCAGCAGUUACGACUCGCUGUCGUGCAUCAGCGGGCUCGAGCCCGACCUCGUGGUGGCUACGCCUACUCUGCCCCUUGUCGUCCAGAGCGGCGACGAAGCCACGCAAGAGGGAGGCGAACGCGCAGUGCAGUGGGAGCUCGCGGAGUGCGUCGUUGGACCGCCGCGGUCUGGCAUGAAUGAGAUUGGGGAACAGAAACAGAGGUUUAGAGACGCAGGCUCCUGCGGUGGACGAAGGCUCAUUCGAAGGCUCACCGAACAGGCGGGCUACAGGCUUAUCGAGAUUGACACGCCAGAUGCUACACAUGCGGAGACUCUCCUGGACCGCUUGCUCACCUCGUCAGCCGGCGAACGUGUGUCGCGGGCGCAUGUUGCGACUCCCCUCAAGGCUGGCGGAGUUCCACUACCGAGAUGA